GCAGAUGUGCCCAUGAAAAUUAACGAUCUCUUUGUUGACAUUCGGGAUGGCGUGGCUUUGAUCCGUAUUCUUGAAGUUCUUUCCAGACAGAAAUUGGUGAAGUUGGUGAACAUCAACCCAUCGGACAUUGCAGACGGAAAACCAGCCAUCGUAUUAGGACUUAUAUGGAGUAUCAUCCUCUAUUUCCAGCUUCUAUCCAAUUGUGCAUGGACGAACCUACAUCAAGUGCCUCGUACUUUAUUUUUUUUCAGAAAAUACGACAUAAAAAUUAAUGACUUUGGUCCGAGUUGGCGGGACGGAAUUGCAUUCAACGCAAUGGUGCACAAUAUCGAUUCGUCUUUGGUUGAGAUGGAUAAGUUAGAACAUCGAACGGCACGAGAAAAUUUGGAGCACGCAUUUUCACAGGCCGAAGCUCAUUUGGGGAUACCAAGAUUGUUAGACGCGGAAGACGUGGAUGUCGAUCGACCAGACGAGAAAUCUAUCAUGACCUAUGUCGCCCAGUUUUUCAAAGCCUAUCCAGAAGGAGGCAAGCGAGAACCAGCGCAAGUCCCCAUCUCACCAUCCCUUCCUCAAAACAUCAGCCAACUCCUGUCAAGAAUCAGACAGACGGAAGAAAAGGUAAACAAAUUUAGUGAAGAUCACAGCCUACCUUUGGAAAAACACAUCUCGGCAUAUCAGGAUACUUUGAAUGAAAUGACUACCUAUGAGGAAUGUCUCGAUGAAUUUCAAGCUACAGGUGAACCCGUCUCCAGUGAGUUGCAAAUAGCGCUGGAGGCGAAGCAAGGUCUUGACGAUGCUGCGGAUAUCUGGCGAUGGCAUAUUGACUCUCUUGUUCCGGGUGAACUUGGCAAAAUAGCCGACUGGGUUGCGAAAGCUGAACAGUGGAUGAAAACAACGUCUAAAUCGUGGUAUCAGGCACACAAAGGUCAAAAACUAGUGGGAAUGUGGGGAAAACCCAGAGAAUCCUGGAGGCCUGGCAGUGCCGAUCCACCGAAUUCCCCACCCUCGCUGGAUCAAAUCGAGAAACUCAUCAAGCAGGGAUCUGAACACUUUGGGCUCAAGAACCACCGUGCAAUUCAGAUGCGUGAUAAUAUAAGCAAGCUGAUCAAUACGCCCUCAUUGACUACUGAAGGGAGUCAUGCCCUGUCAGCUGAAUUGGCAAUGCAGAUAGGCCGACGCGUUUCAGAGGCGAUAGCCAAGGAACCCGGAUACACUGCCGUGUUGAACGCGGCACGUGCUCGAAGAAAUUUCUUGGACCUACUGUACGCCAAUGCCAUCGUGGAGUCCCCGUCGAAGAUCAGCAUACGUAGUCGCCGAAGGACAUCUGUAGCUGGAUUUGAACGACGUUUCGCUGCUUGGGACUCUGUAUUCGAAGGACUGUCUGAAGAGGAAGACGUGAAUAUGCUGAAAGAAAUGCUUGUGGAUUACGAGGUAACUCGAUAUUUUCAGUUCUUUUUCCGUUUUUGCCUUUUUAUUGACUAUGAGUACACACAUUUAACACUGCCCCACCAGAAUUGUCUAACGAUAGAAAACAUCCCCACGAAGUUGGACAGUUCGAUAGAGGAGCUGAACAAACACAACGGUUUCCUUGUACGACUGUCAAAUGUUGACGAAAAGUUGCCACCAGAAAAUUCAUUGGUCAUCGUUCCGGAAUGGAUAAAACAUUGUGAAUCCAAGUGGAAUUCAGAAAAGGCCAAACGUCUGGAAGAACUUGGCACAGAGAUGAAACGUCGAAUAGAUGCAUGGGAAGCGAUUGAGGCAAACAUUGAAAAGAUCGAGCGCUGGCUAACCCAAGCUGAAAGACUGAUCGCAGAACAGAAGCAACCUCCAAACGGACGCGCGGAUUUGGAACGCUGGUUUGCGGAGGCCGAGGAAUCACGUGGGUAUCUGGGCCCCAAUUCCGACGUGAAUAGAAUCACAAAGUUAAAGAGUCGUCUGGCACAUGUGAAUCGCGAGGCUGACAAGUUGCAGCAAAUCGAACAAAAACGCCGGGAGGCCGCGGAGCAACUUGAGCGCGCCAAGGCGGAAGAGGAACUUGCAAGUCAUUUGUGUGCAGUGGAAGCUUGGAUGUCUCAGGCUGAGACUGUCCUAAAUCCAAGCAAGGAAUACGGUUUUACCGGGGGCUGCACAUGUGCUAACUUGGAUCAGCUGAAGAAGAUGCUGGUCGAUACCGUGGAUGGACAAGAACAGGCGCAUAAACGGCUAACCCAAGCAAUCCGUGUGGCAAACGAAUCUCCUCUAAGCCCCCUGGAUGGGGCUAAUCAGGAGCGAUUACGUAAUGCGGAAAACUAUCUGGUCACCGUGUUCCCCACGAUAGAAUCUCGUCUGAAAGAUCUGGACGAUUUGUACCAAGCAACGGGGCGCAUUGAGAACAGCCUAAAACUGCUUGAGCAGAGCACGGAACAUGCGCGGACAUGGCUAAGCAACAUCCCGCUCAAAAUUGAAUCGGACCACGUCGCCAUGACUGACGAAUUCGCAGAGAUUCGCGGGAACAUUGCAUCUUGUCAGAAUCAGAUUGUGGAACUAGACCACUUGUUGCACACUGAUCGUAUGGUGACGCUGGCUAGCGCUUAUGGACUGCAGGCCUGGAUCCAUCGUGAUCGACUGAAUCCGAUUCAGGAACGGCUUAAGGUGAGCAGAAUUGAAGCGGAGAUCGAAUUAACCGCAAAGCAAAAAGGUGAACAGCUUGAGGAAUGGAGUGGAACUCUGGAAGAAAUCCGCCAUGAACUGGAUGACGGUGAAGACGAAUUCGAAGCCCUUCGUCACGCCGUGAACAGAGCGUCUCGUCGCGACAUGGCACGACUACUCAGACAGAUUCAGUUAAACAAUAAAGAUCAAAUUUGUGGGUCAAACCUCAACUGUUCACGUUCGUCUGUUACCUACCGGUACAUUGCUAAGGUUCACACAUCAAACGGCGGCCAGCGGAAUGUUGGCUCUGUAGUGUGGCGUGUGGUUUCCGCUUCAGAGGCGGUGCCAUCACGCAGAAGUCACGAAGGAACAACCUUCAUAAAGGAAACUACUCACAAGGUUACUGAAAACUCUUCAACAGCACACGACCGGUUUCUCUCUCCUUGGCGCCCAUCAGGUAGGCGCAGUCCCCGAGUUUCCGUCAACCUUAUGUUCUACUUGAACUGGAAGAGUUUUCAGCAACCUUCUGUGCCCGUUUAUUCACAGCUGGCGGAAAUGAAAGGCAAAUUUGACUGUCAGAGUGGGAUGUUGGAAGAACUGGAAUCCAAAGUACAAGGGCUGAUGGAACGAAUAAAGCAGGCGGAUGAGGAGGUGAAGCGCGCCACGGACUGGCUUUCCGCGCAGGAGCGUCGGUUCGAUUCGUUGCACGCAGGCCCGUCCUCACAAUCUGCAUCACUGGACGAGACAGCAAGUGUUGGAAAAGACCCCUUCACCUUCGAUUGGAUGCGGAGGCUUACUUGGGACACCAGACCAGACAAUAUUUUUUAUAUCGUAGAUUUCCAUACUCCUCUGCUGGCGGAAAUGAAAGACAAAUUUGACUGUCAGAGUGGGAUGUUGGAAGAACUGGAAUCCAAAGUACAAGGGCUGAUGGAACGAAUAAAGCAGGCGGAUGAGGAGGUGAAGCGCGCCACGGACUGGCUUUCCGCGCAGGAGCGUCGGUUUGAUUCGUUGCACGCCGGUCCGUCCUCACAAUCUGCAUCACUGGACGAGACAGCAAGUGUUGGAAAAGACGGACUUAAUCGUCAGCUGGAGCUCCACUCACAGUGGGCUGAGGAGUGCCAGAAUUAUGUGAAUACUCUUCAACUGGAAGUGAGGCCUUUCACUCCUCACAUUCUACGCGUGGACAAAUUGGACGGUGAGCUGAUGGAUGAAAUAUUCCCAGACACUUCAGAGCUCUCGACGCGUUUUCAGAAUCUUUUGUCGGAUGCUGUGAUUUACGCAGAAAACGCUAAGGAACUUCUUUCUACACUCACAUCUGCACGAAGUCUCCUUGAAUCCUCACGAAUUUGGCUUCGUGGUGCUCGAAACGCACAUGCCGACUUUGUCACGAUGAUGGAAGAGACUGCGCAAAGUUAUGGGGACGUAGACGGGCAGAAGGUGUUUUUGUCAGACCUUUUGAUCACACUGGCUGCUGGAGAUGACAAAGUCAAAGAAAUCAAACAAUGUACACAGCAGCUUGCCAGUUCAACCGCCCAUUCCAACACGGCGGCCGUCGUUAUGGUUGCAAGGCGCGAGCUUUCAAACUUCCAAACAGAGUUGGCGAAAUUCCAACGAUUAGUUGAGUCGCAGCUGAAGGAG